AUGAGCUUCGAGAUUGACAAUUUGAAAGCCACCAUCAACCGCUACAUCAUCGCUCGGAUGUUUUAUCACAACCCUCACUCCAAGUUCUUCUCCCUCGGUAAGGAAUACUUCGAGUUCCGCUCUGAGGAGAUCUACCGAGCUUGGGUUGCUGUGACCAACGACCAACGACUCCAGGGAGCCCUUACCCCAGACGACCUCAUCCUGCUGUACCUUUGCAUGGUACAGUACAAGUGGUGGCGCGAUCUGGUUCGUGGCUACGAAUACCGGUUCAACUCAAAUCUCCUAGAGGAGUACGAGAAUUUCAAAGGGGACCUCCGGGGUAAUUUUGAAGAGGCUUUCUGGUUGUUUUAUACCCGAACAUGUUUUGGAAGUCAUCCCUGGAUGGACGAUAUUUCAGAAUCAUGUUUGCCUGAAGAUACCAGCGAAAGAGGCCGACACUCCCCCACAGCCGGACCCUACUCGACCUUCCAGCCUCCCGUUGGAAACCCGGACAACUCGGAUAACACUGAACGCCAGCUCCGCCAUGUCCGCCGAGAGACUUCCGUUAUCUCUGAGACCGACGACUUGAUCGACUUGGUCGAGCUGUAUGAAUAG